AUGGAAACACUCUGAUUGUGGAUCCUGUGCCUGUACUGCCUUGUGGCGGCCGUGCAAGCGACACAGAACGGAUUUGGGCUGGAAGCCUACGGGAGGGACGCAGGGGAGGAGCACUACUCGUUCCAUAAGCAAGACUUGUACUUGGAGGCUGAGGACUUGGCUACAGCAGCUGGAUACGAGGUCGAUGGGGUCAGGCAAGCAUUCGUGCAGACGAGUGACAGUGAGGCAGUGUAUUUGGUCAGAAGGAGCAAAGUGUCUCGGAGUGAGUUCAAGCUGGUGAGGAUCAGACAUGAUGAAGAUGAAUUCGCAUACGAAACAUAUCCAUCAGAGCAGGAAGAGUUUUUGGAGUUCAGUGGAACUGAGGUGAUUGGGUUUGUGAUGGACAAAUAUCCGAUCAUUGAUGGAAUCAUUGUAGAUCAUUUGGAUAAGUCUGAAAGAGUUAUCGAAUAUCAUACAAUUGAUCCAAAGACAAAUCAACCUAUUAGAAGUUAUUUAGUUGAUAAGAUAUCAAAUCAUCAAUUUAAGGAUUAUAAAUCAGCAAUAGAGCACAACCCCACAACAAUUCAACUCGAAGUUCAAAAAGAUUCCACUGGAUUGGGGCAUAGUUUGUUCAUCCAAACCCUCUCCAAGAUAGAUAGCUAUAUGACUUGUGUAAAUCUGCUCAAAUACAAUACAAAAUCUAAAUCUCUAUUAUUAAAAUAUAGAGCGAAUGAGAGUGUUGUCGACUUAAAUGGGAUCAUUAGAGUUACUCCCCAGUUAGUCAUUCAGAUUUUGCAGUUCAGUCCUUCCAAACAGUUAAAAUCUAGCAAUUCAGAAUUUUUGUCAAGAUAUUUCUGAGUGACAACCAGAGACACUGAACAGUUCAUUCUCCAGUGGAUCAUAUGUUCUGAAACUAAUGGCAAAACUUUGGUACAGGUUACAGUGGCUGCAAACAGCAUCUACAUACUGUUAAGGGAUCAGUUGCAGUCUGAAGUAGUAGUCUUGGAGCUGAAAACAGGCAUUAGAAAGCACACAAAAACGUUUGAACACCAAAAAUUCAGAGAUCUUAAAGUGGGAAGUCACAUGGACCUCAUUGUAAUUUCUGAAACCCUCAGAGAUUCUUCAGAGCAGCAUCUAUCCACAUUUUCAGUUUCAAGAAUGGAUUUCCAACUCAACAAACUUGACGAAGUUACAUCACCAAUCCAAGAAGUAGAGCAGCACCUGGAUGGACCUUCUCCGCAAAGAGUGAUCAGCCUAGCAGGAAAUCUUGUGUUCUUAAGUGAAAGAGCCAACACCCAUCACCAAGGCGGAGGUGUCUAUGCAACCUGGACUCGGUCUUCAUUGUUCGUGGUUGGCAACUCAACUGAGCAAUGACAAAGUAUCAGAGAUCACUGUGAAGUUUGAUACUCCAACAGCUGUAGCAUAUGCCAACAAGGAUACAGCAAUAUCAAUGGAGAAUGCCACAAACAAUGUGGAGACCAUUACUUACAACACAAAGUCCCAAGUGAUAACAAAAGUAAAUACUCUGUGUGUUUGCCUUGCCAUGCUUCAUGCAAGACCUGAUCUGACCAAACAGAGUUCGGAUGUUUGAGCUGUGAUUCUGACAAAGUAUUCGAUGCUGUCAAACACACUUGAAAGUGAUAUCUACCUGACAAACAGUUCAUGCAGCCAAAUGGAACUUGCACCCAGAAUUGUGGAGACAUCUUACCAGCAAGAUACAAUGGAGUGUGUGUUGCUUCGUGUCCUGCAAACUCAGAUGACUAUUUACAAAGAAUUUCCAAUAAAAGAAUGCCAAAGUCUCAACAGAAGAACUGAGGCUUGUAUCAAGAACACUACAAAGUGGAAGCAAACAGAACCAGAAACAUCGUCAUCCCAUUCAGCUUCUACUACGAGAACGAGUUCAGUUUGUCGUUGUGGGCGAGGGUGGCCCUCCCCUCUUCAGACUCGUUUGCAUUCGCAACCUAUGGAAACCUCCAACUGACUGGAGUGUUGGAUAAGCCAAGUGGCCAAAUCAGUUUGCUCCUUCAAGUUCUCAAUAUCGAAACACUCUCUGUGAUCAGAAACUACACAAUUGAGAAUGCAUUUGCACUGGACGAAUGGGCUUAUAUUGGGGUUUCAGUUUAUAGGACUCACAGAAUUGGAAACACUUUUGAAGUGAACCUUGUGACUGUUAAGAAGAAUGAAGAUUCAAGAAGUAUCAACUUCCCAUCACAAGAGUUUGAACUAAGAAGUUCAAAAAUGCCUUCGCUGCCUUACUUUCUUGGAGGAGGAAACCAUCUCCAAACUUUCAAGUUCACAGGACUUCUCAACAAAGUUAUGGUCAUGAAAGGCCCAACAUCCUCCAGCGAACUCAUCGACAAUGCAUUCAGGUUUCCAGUUAAACGCCCGAAGUUCUAUGACCCUCACUUGUCCCUUCUGAUUGUGAUCCACUCCCGAAUGAGUCCCCAAGAACUCAGGGAGAUCAGAGACAUUGUGUUUCCGGAGACUGGGCUCCAGAACAAACAUCUGGAGAUUCAGACUGAAGAGCUUACUGGCGAACCUCUGCAUUUCUGUGAGUUCUAUACAGUCGAGAGAGAAUGCAGACACAUGGACUCAAGCGCUUCUCCCAAAGUGUUCCCCACCUUUCACUCUCUGACUGAGAAUUUAAAUUUGAAGUACCAAGGAACAGAAGACAUGGAAAAGGGAGAUAUACUGAUAACAGAUUAUAGGCUGUUUCAGGGCUUCAUACGGAAUAUGGAUGCGAAAUCGAAAACAGCAAGCAAUUUUUUAACUUUAGGGAUCAAUAAUAAAUCUUGACUUAGAUUGGCUCCCUUGCCUUGUUUGAAUUACGCAAAGAUUGUCAAAGUCUUUUUAUUUGAAGACAAGAGUUCCAAACAUUAUUUAAAUAAAAGACAAGAAAUUUCGAUAAAAUUUAGAGGGGUUUCACAAGAAAGUAACAUGAAGGGUCCAUUCUCUGUCAGAUACUUCAAAAAUUCCACAAAGGAAAUAUUUGAUCUUGGGAUUUUCUCUGUUUUAAUGGGAAAUAGUCAGUCUAAAUCCAGUGAUGGCCCAUAUUCUGAAUAUUUUCUCUCUGCAUCAAUCUACCCAGACAGAGGACAAAAUAUAUUAGGAGAGUCAAGGAAUGUUUCAUUUGUAGUCACUAUGCCCAAGUAUGACGACCAAACAACGCUUUUGAGCAUUUUCUCUCAUGACCAUGAUCAGGACAAAUUCCCAUACAAAGAAUUGAUCUCAUUCUCACUUGACUGAGAGAACGUUCUCCCUGACGAUAUCAAGAUUGAGAAGCAGACUAGUGGAAGCUUUAGUGAUUUAGAUACUGGCUUGUUCACUGAAGCAGGGCAAUACAUGAUUUGAUGGAAAAGUCCACAACUCGAGUCAGAGUUAUACAUCCCAAUUAGUGAUGCAAACUGGAUUGUCAGAGAGGAACCAAUAAUAUAUUAUUCGAACAAAGAUUACAGGUUCAAUUAUGGGUUCUUUUAUUAUAUCUUAACUAGGCUUCCCUUACAUGGAGAUCAGUUCCGUUUAUUUAAGGGUUCGGAAAAUUGUAAGAAUUCCCCUGUGCAAAGCGAAAACAAUAAUUGGGGAAGUCGUAUUUAUUUUUGGCUUCCUGAUACAAAUCAACCACUUCACAUUUGAUGGAGAGAGAAGAUUGACCAAAAAUAUCAAAACUGGAAAAGGAUCAAAGAUAAGAACGGAAACCUAUUAGAGAUAAGAGUGCAGGAAAGAACAGACAAAAGAAGACUCUUACCCAUGAUACAGGACAUGAGUCAUAGUAUUGGAUCUAUCUUCCACGAAGAUGAAGAAAUAUGGAUCCAAAUCGGUCUUUCCUCAACUGUUAUCGAUAGAGAAUCAAAGUUAAAGUCUUUGAAAGUUCACAAAAAUGUAAAGAGUUUUUCAAAUGAAGACAAGAGCAUCUACUCUUUGGAAUGCAACAGACCCAGAGAGGUAAUCGGCAGAUGCUUCCUGAAAGGCUAUGAACAAGAUAUUUUAAAUACUUACAUGCAGAAGAUUGAAUUUACAUUAGACAGUUCAACAAUCUCAUAUACAGAUGGAGACAAGGAGUAUUUCUUAUUCGGAGAUGAAGGUUCAUAUCAUGCUGAAUUUUUUCAAUAUCAUUACUCCGUGAGAAAGUUCAAUACAACUGCUAAUGAGUAUAUCCCUGAACACGGUCUUUAUAUGAAAAUGUUGCAUGGAUGUAAACCUCACUGUAAUGUGGUCCUUAGAUUUCAUUCUCCAUCCUCUGGGUGUAACCCAAUCGGUUCAACAAGAAAUAUUAAUUGGAGAGAUAACACUAUUUUCAUACCAAAUUUUGAUAAAACAGGAUGUAAGGCUGGCGAUAAGAUCUAUGCAAAUGCAAGUGUUGAACAUAUGUAA